CUUUGAAGGAACUGAACACUAAUUAAGUAUAUUUGUCUGUGCAGGUAUCAUUUAGCCACCUGGGAUUCUGUCAGAGAGAGAAAGUGGUGGGAAAUAUUUCUGGAAAGAAUACUGAAAGUGGUAGGCUGAGCCAAAUUUUGUUUGUACAUGGUCGCCAGCUCACUAACCAAGAUGGAUGCUUUUGCCAACAUUUUUCCUCCUGGUGGAGAUGGUGGGCUGACGAGUUCACAAUCAGAGUUCCAGAAAAUGUUGCUUGAUGAAAGAUUACGAUGUGAAUAUCACAAAACGAAUUAUCAAACUUUGAAAGCUGAACACACAAGGUUACAGGAUGAGUACAUAAAGUCACAAAAUGAACUUAAGCGACUCUCAAAUGAAAAACUAACUCUUCAGGAAAAAUUUCAGCUGCUUCUUGCUGAACUAAGAGGGGAAUUAGUAGAGAAGACUAAAGAUUUAGAGGAAUUGAAAUUACAGGUAUUGACGCCUCAAAAAUUGGAAUUGUUAAGAACCCAAAUACAACAAGAAUUAGAAACUCCAAUGAGAGAACGUUUUCGGAAUCUAGAUGAAGAGGUAGAAAAAUAUAGAGCUGAGUAUAACAAACUUCGCUAUGAACAUACUUUUCUCAAAUCAGAAUUUGAACAUCAGAAAGAGGAAUAUAUGCGAAUUUUAGAAGAAGAAAAAAUAAAAUAUGAAGCUGAGGUAUCAAGACUAGAGAAAGAUAAAGAAGAGAUACACAACCAACUCCUUAACGUUGAUCCCACAAGAGAUAGCAAACGAGUGGAGAAGCUUGUCCGAGAAAAGGCCCAGUUGUGUCAGAAAUUGAAAGGCUUGGAGGCUGAAGUGACAGAGUUACGAGCAGAGAAAGAGAAUUGUGGCAUCCAGGCUGAAAACGUCCAAAGGAUUCAGGUGCGCCAGCUGGCCGAGAUGCAGGCCGCCAUCAGGUCCCUGGAGGCAGAAAAACAGUCAGCCAAGCUUCACUAUGAUCGAGUGGAAAAAGAACUACAAUCAACUAAUGAGCAAAACACCCUUUUAAUUAGUAAACUGCACAAGGCUGAAAGAGAAGUCACUGCAUUGACCAGUAAAGUUGAAGAACUUAAACAUUCAAACAAAUUAGAAAUCGCAGAUAUUAAACUGGAGGCAGCAAGAGCUAAGAGUGAAAUAGAAAGAGAAAGGAACAAGAUUCAAAGUCAAGUGGAUGGACUGCAGUCAGACAAUGAAAUCCUCAAGUCAGCUAUUGAACGCCACAAAACGCUUUUAUUAGAAAAGGACCGUGAAUUAAUACGGAAAGUACAAGCUGCCAAAGAAGAAGGUUACCAAAAACUAGCAGCCUUGCAAGAUGAAAAGAUAGAACUUGAGAACAAAUUAGCAGAUUUAGAGAAAACUAAGGUGGAACAAGAUGUCUGGAGGCAAUCUGAAAAGGAUCAGUAUGAAGAGAAAGUGCGGGCUUCACAGAUGGCAGAAGAGUCGGCCAAAAGGGAGCUGCAGAAUAUUAGAAUGAAGCUUCAGCAGCAGAUGAUUGCUAAUGAGAAUGUAGAAAAAGAAAAAACUGAAAAUGCUGAUCUUAAACAGCAAAUCAGUGGUUUACAGAUCCAAGUUACCUCCCUCACACAGUCAGAGACUGAAUUGGUGGAUUCUAACCGAAAGCUGAAGGAAAUGUUAGAUAGGCUGAAACAGGAAUUCCGGAAUGCACGGACUCAAGCAGAAAAGGCUCAGCUAGAGGCUGAAAAUUCUUUGGAAGAGAAGCGGGUAGAAUGGUUGGAAGAAAAGCAUAAACUUCAUGAACGUAUCAAAGAAAAAGAAGAGAAGUACAGCCAGGCCAAAGAGAAACUGCAGCGAGCUGCACUUGCUCAAAAAAAGAGAAAAUCCCUCUAUGAAAACAAAUUGAAGAAACUGCAAGAAAAAGUAGAACUUCUGGAAGCAAAAAACGAAGAAUUAGAAACAGAAAAUCAAGUUUUAAAUAGACAAAAUGUGCCAUAUGAAGACUACACUAAGCUCCAAAAACGAUUGAAGGAUAUACAGAGAAGACAUAAUGAAUUUCGAACUUUAAUCUCGGUUCCUCCUAACAUGCCCCCAGCACCAUCAUUCAAUUCUGUUAAUUUGUUGUCAGCACCCUUGCCUUCUGGUGUGGAAACAUCUUUCCCCCCUCACCUUCCGGAAGAGGAACAUCAAAGAGAAUUGUCUCACCUUCGAAAAAGAUUGGAAGAACUAGAAACCACCCAGAGGAAGCAGCUGGAAGAGCUUGGGCCUCCUGGAGAAUGAGGCUGCAGUGCUAGGCAUUCAAAUCAGUGACUCAAUAAAGAUGAAAACUGACACACUUGUGGCAUUUGAGAGGCUUGAUUCCUGUUUGCCAAAAGAACAUUUUGCCUAUAAUUGGAAAAACUACCGACUAUGUGCCGUAUUGCUUAAGUAUACACUAAAGAAAAGCUGCAUUAAAAAAAUUGUUUUCAGAAAUUUGUUAGGAUGUUUACUUAAUAAUCCUUUAAGAAGGAUAAACACACUUUGAAAGGAACUGUGAUAUAGGAAUCAAAGUUUAAAAUUAUUUCCUUAAUUUUACUCUAUAUGGAGUAAACUCUGACAUUCUUUCUAAAACCUGAUUCCCUCUUGCAUUCCAUCUUGGAGAUUAUUAUUGCCUACUAAUAAGAAGGCCUGAUAGAAAUAUCCCAAUUUUGAUUACAACCAAACAUUUUUUAAAGGUACUUGAUUGUCACCACUAUAGAGGAAAGAAUCUCAUGAUCUCUUGAAAUGUAUGUUCAUUAUGAAUGUCUGCUUUUUUCAAAAGCACGUAAUUUAUUUUAAAAGUUUAAUAAAUAUUUUUCUAUCAGUA